UUACAUCUCAUGGCGGAUGAUCACUACCGUAUUGGAGUGGAGGAUGUAGAGGAUGAUGAUGAUGAUUCAUCUGGGGUUGGGGACGAGUUGUAUGAUGUGAACAAGGAGCCUAAUUUGGGUGAGGCAGAAGAUCAGGCUCAAGAUGUUUUGGAUCGUAUGCUUGAUGAGUUUGAAAUUGCAGCUGAACAAGCGCCUCCUAUCGAGAAUGCAAUGUCUGAGUCGUUCGGCGAGGACCAAAGUGGAGGGGGGGUGAAGGGACCAGCGCAGAAAAAGCUGAGGGGUCCGACUACAAGUUUCAAGAAACCUGUCGGUCCAAUGGUCUUGGAGUAUGACAGGGUAGGACAACCUACAGGCAAAUGGCGUCGUCAGUAUGCUGUUCAAGUUGGGAUUUGUGCGCGCAAAAUCCCCAUUACUCUUCGUUUGAGCGACGUACCUAUUGGCUUGAUAGACACGUUUUGGAAUGAUACACGGAGUCUAUUUAACAUUCCAAAUGAGUACGCCAAGCGAAGGGUGUUUGAAUCCUUACUUGCGACAAGAUUCAGAGGGUUCAAGACCACCUUAGUUCGUCGGUUUAUCACAAAGAAGCUUGUGAGAAAACCAAAGAACAAGAAAGAAGGUGGCAUGGAUGAAGAAGUCAUCGAUGAAGAGAAACUCCCAUGGCAAAUAUGGCCUAGUGUAUCAAAGGAAGAUUGGGAUGCUUUCGUUCUUCAAAAAAGCAAAAAAGAAGCAAUUGUAAGUUCAAGUAACUCUGAUGACAAUUGUAAAAUAUAUUUAAUAUUUUGGUAGUUUUGAAACUAAUAU